AUGGUACUGCAUUUCUUAGUAUUUUCUCUGAACCUGAAGGAAUAUAUUAAAGGAAUCUGUGAACCCGAAUUGGAAGAGAGGGAAUAUUAUCCCAAAGACAUGCAUUGUAUUUUUGUAGGAGCCCAAAGCCUCUUCUUGAAUUCCCUUAUUCAGGGCACAUCUGCUGAUAUUACUGUAGUGGAGAUAGGGACACUCAAUAUUAAGGGCCGUACUGAGCCUGUUGUCAUGGCCAGGAGCCAAAUUCAGCAGUUCGUGAACCUCUUCAAAACCAACAUAAACGUGUUGACUGUCAGGGAAUCAGAAGUGAAGAAACAGUUUAAACAUCUUGUUGAAGCUCAUGCGGAUAAAUAUACAAUGGACUUGUUGAUCCUACCAAGCUCAUUGAAGAAAGAACUGCUUAGUCUUGCACAGCAUGAGGGCUGCAGGACAGAAAGCAGAAUUGUAGAUCCUGGCCGUUCUGAUGGGAUGUUGAAAUACUCAAUUCAGAUUCAGAAACCAUCUGUAAUAAACAGUGAUGGCAAAAUAGGUCAAGAGGAAGCAAGAAACAAUGCAGGUACGCCAGUCUCUGAAUUAGCGAAACAAAUGGAUACCGUUUUUCCUGAUACUUCAGAAGGACAUUUUUUACCUAUAAAUGGUCUAACUUCUCUGGAGGCAUCUUCAUCCAAAGAAAGGCAGUCAUGUAAAAGGAGGUCAUCAGAUGAUGAUGAGAGGCUUCCAAAGAAACAAUUUUCUUUCGAAAACAAUCAGGAAUGUAAGCAGGCGUCAUGUAAAACUCAUGAUGAUGUAGUGUUGAUAGAUUUGGUCACAGAUACAAAUGAGUUACUUAAUACUAAAGAUGGUGAUGAAAUAAGUGAGGAGAUGGAAUAUAAGAUUUUGGUAAACUUUUUCAAAAGCAUGGGCUACUCUCAGGAAAUUGUAGAAAUGGUGAUUGCCGAGCAUGGACCGUUGGCUGAACCACUACUAGUUCUAGAAGAAAUUGAAAAAAAGAGCAAGAUGGGUGUUGAAGAGGAAGACAAGCUUAGAGUUAUCUCCCAGAAUGUCGAAACACGGGUAGAGAAAAAUAAAGGCAAUUCUGGCAACAGUGUCCACCAAGAUCUUGCCUGUAAAUUAGAGCCACAAAAAAAUGCAAACAUUGUCUCUGUUUCUCAAGCACACUGCAUCACUGACGACAAAAUCCAUGGGUCAAACACUGAAAACCGAACUGCUCUUUUGGGUAACAAAAGUUCAUUGAAUAAAGAUAUCAGCAAAAUAUGCUCAGAUUGUUCAGAACAUUGUAGUAAUUCCCACGCAAGUGAUGUUGAAAGUGAUGGUUUUAUGAACGCAUGUAGUAAUGCACAUACGGCAACCAAAGAUAAGAAACCCAAAGAUCUGAUCUUGGUAGCAAGGGGUGGCUGGGAGAGCACACACCCACCAAUUCAGAAAGAAACUGUGCUUCGAGGGUGUCCCAAGCAAUCAUCUGUGAAGCAUGACCAACAGGAAAACUGCAAUCCUGUGCAACUUGGAACCAAGCAAUUCCCUUCCCAAAAACCAAAGCAGUUUGCAGACACCAUACUGCCUCUACAAUUAAGGACUCCUUAUCCAGAAAAGAAAACAGGGGGGCUGUACUGUCAUCAUGCAGAUCCUUCAGUCACUGGGGUUCAGAGAUUUCUAGAGUCUUUGAAAACACCGUACAAGCUGGAACUGAAAAACGAGCCGGGGAGAGCCCGCUUAAAAUACGUAGUAAUAGAUGGCAGCAAUGUUGCAAUUUCCCAUGGCCUGCAAAAAUUCUUUUCCUGUCGAGGAAUCGCGAUUGCUGUUGAUUACUUUUGGAAGCGUGGCCAUAGAAAGAUUACAGUUUUUGUCCCACAGUGGCGAACGCGGAAAGAUUCCAAUAUCACAGAGCAGCACUUCUUAACCCAGCUCCAAGAUGUUGGCAUUUUGGCCCUCACCCCAGCAAGAAUUGUGUGUGGAGCUAGGAUUGCAUCUCAUGAUGACAGAUUUUUGCUGCACCUUGCUGAAAAAACUGGAGGUGUUAUUGUUACCAAUGAUAACUUCAGAGAAUUUGUAGAUGAAUCCACAACCUGGAGGGAGAUUAUUCAGAGGAGGCUUCUGCAGUACACUUUUGCUGGAGACAUUUUCAUGGUUCCUGAUGAUCCUAUGGGACGAAAUGGACCAGGAUUGGACCGUUUCCUUCAGGAGGAAACUAGUUUCAGAGCUGUGCCCACCCAGUAUGGCCUUGCAAGUGGAAGUCACCUUCCUUUGGGGAUAUCGCCUUUCCUCAUGCAAUCUGAAGGGAGUGGACAGUUGCCCCAAAACCCAGUAUCUGCUGUCACCCCUGCCUUGCCUCUGUUUCCUACAACGCCUCUGGCAAACUCAGGCCUCCCCCCGUCUCCAAGAUCUGCCACAGAAACAACCCAUUUAAAAGAAGCCUUGAAAAAAAUAUUCCCUACUUCUGAGCAGGGGGAGAAGAUUGAGGAAAUCCUUGCCCAGCAUCCCCACAUGAGAGACAUGAAUGCUUUGUCUGCAUUGGUACUUGAUUUAAGCUGAUGAACUAAAACCCCCAAACCUUUCAGUUUUGCAGUUUGGAUUGUUAAUGUAAAGAUACAUCUGAGUUGAUGUCAGGCCAUCUGUGAAUAGUCAAAACGUAAUCCUUUUGUAUAAAAAAUGUGAAUAUUCAGAGGAUUUGAGAUGCCCUCUUUGUUCACUUAAGUUCACUUUUUUUUCUUUUUUUUACAAAUUUAUACUGCGUACUUUUGAAAGAAAAAGUAUUUAUUAAUGAGCUGGCUUUAAAUCAUUUACAAAAGCUACUGCAAGUUUUUUGAGAAGUGAUCUGAAAGCAGCUCUAAAUUCUACUGAAAGUAAAUUCACACUUCUGGACUAAAUGACAGGUGAUUAAUGGAUUUAAUUUCUUAUAUUGGAUUCUCGUUGUUGAGUAAUUCCUUAUUAAACUAUGUACAUUUAACAAACCUAAAUGAAUGCAAGCAACUUGACUUGUGUUCAGAAAUAAAAUGUGGGUAUAGAGAAACCUCUGAAGAAUUGAUGCAGGAGAAUUGGUGCAUCUUGCCUUCUAUAACUAAUCUUGUUAGGAAGACAAAUUGCUGUUUUGGAGGACUUUGUAGAGUAUGUUAGGAAAUGGCUAGGUUCAAAUGGCAGAUGUACCAAAGGAACCUUUGAUCUGAUUCUGUAUGCUAACUUUUAUUAUGUUCCGUGUUCUUCCUUGGUUUUAAAAACAAAAGAGGCAUUUGAUUCCCAGAUUUUUAUAUAGGGUAAUAAAAAUAUGGUGUUCUGUGGCACACCUCGUA